AUGGUCCGACUUCUUCUCCCCUCCGUGUCCGGCGUAGCUCUCACUUCCUUCAUCGAAGUCGACCCGAGCUCUCACUUCCCCAUACAGAACCUCCCGUUCCGAGUGUUCAAGCCAAAACCGGCUUCAACGGCUCGACCGGGCGUGGCCAUCGGCGAUUAUGUGUUGGACUUGUCAGCAAUCGCCGCCGCCGGUCUCUUCAACGGUCCGAUCCUCAGAAACUCCGAUUGCUUUUAUCAGCCUAAUUUGAACAAGUUCUUGGCCUUGGGACGACCUGCUUGGAAGGAAGCACGUGCUACACUUCAGAAGCUACUUUCAUCUACUGAGCCAACAUUGCGUGACAAUCAAAGUUUAAAGCAGGAAUCACUUAUUCCGUUGAGCGAGGUGGAAAUGCUGCUUCCUGUGGCGAUUGGGGACUUUACAGACUUCUUUUCAUCAAUGGAUCACGUACACGACUGCGGGGCCAAGAUUAAUUGUAAGGCAGGUCAGGCAAUUCCACUGAAAUGGUUGGACCUACCAAUUGCAUAUCAUGGACGAGCUUCGUCGAUUGUUAUCUCUGGAACUGACAUUACUCGACCCAGGUCAAUCAGAGACGUGUCACUUGAGACAUUUUUACGUCCAAGACAACCUCCAGGCGGUCUGCUAUAUUUUGGUCCCGCAACGAAACUAGAUUUUGAGCUUAAAAUGGCUGCUGUAGUUGGUCCUGGAAAUGAAUUAGGGAAUCCGGUGGAUGUGAAUGAGGCAGCAGAUCACAUUUUUGGACUUGUCUUGAUGAAUGGCUGGAUUGCUAGAGAUAUCCAGGCAAAGGAAUUUAUUCCCAGUGUGCCUUUCCUAGGAAAAAGUUUUGGAACUACGAUAUCCCCUUGGAUAGUGACACUCGAAGCUCUAGAACCAUUUUCCUGUGAUCCUCCCAAAAAGCACCCCCAUCUAAUGCCCUAUGUCGCUGAAAAUAUCUCCGAAAGCUAUGACAUAACAUUAGAGGUUCGAAUUAAACCAGCUGGAGAGAGGCGCUCAUCUGUGGUCACAAAGAGUAAUUUCAACCACUUAAUUUGGACAUUGCCUCAGCAGUAGCUAGCACACCUUACCGUCAAUGGGUGCAACUUAAGGCCUGGAGAUCUCUUUGGAACUGGGACCAUCAGUGGACCUGAGCCAGAAUCUUACGGAAGCUUGCUAGAGCUGACAUGGGAUAAGCCGUUGUCAUUAAACGGCGUUACUCGUGAAUUUCUUGAAGAUGGAGACGAAGUCAUCAUUACUGGUUUUAGUAAGGGAAAUGGCUACAAAGUAGGGUUCGGGAAAUGCUCUGGAAAGAUUGUUCCACCUCCUUGAGCACUUAGAAAUGGUAGGAUCAAAUAUAAACUUCAUUGGAGCUCUCCCAUUCAUUGCACGCUGUAAUUCCUUCCUAUUGUUGUCUAAAAUUGUACUAUUUACUUCACUGCAUAACAUAAUUCCUUUCUGAUUGUUGUCUAAAAUUGUACUGUUUACUUUCACUGCACUCCAUAAUUGCCUUGUCAUUUAGAGCAAGUCCACCGGUGUUGGAUUGCCCGGGCAAAAAGAAGGAAUGUUGAUGUGGCUGCCUGGCUAUGCAGAAAACUGGUUUCCACCGGAAAGAGCUUGACUGGGCAAGUCUUGCCCUUCCAUGCCCACAGCCAUAAAAACGGGCAAGCCCGUGACUAAAGUCUUGCCCAAAGGCAUCUGGCUGCCAGCUGAAGGAAGAGUAUCACAUGGGUGACGUCAGUGGGGUCAGCACAUUAUCAAACGCGUUAAUGGCAUAAAGUGGAGGACACGGCCCAAUGGAAGCGCGCCAUGUGGCCAACAAUCAGACUG